GGAUUUGCCAGAAGAAACUCUUCAAAAUCAAACUGCAACUACAAUUAAAGUUGCAAAUGAUACAAGGUGGAAUACCUUAGCAACAAUGUUUAAAAGCUUUGCAACAAAUUUUGAUGCAAUAAAUAUUGCACUAAUAAAAGCAAAAAAAGAAACCUUUAUAUUCCGUGAAAUGGAAAAGAAAAUAAUAAAAGAAUUUGCAGAUUUCUUAUCUAUAUUCGAAAAUGCAACAUGCUACCUACAAGGACGGAAUUAUCCGACUAUAUGUUCGGUCAUUUUCUUUUAUGAAAAUAUAAUAGACAAACUAAAUAAAAAUGAAGAAAUGUCGGAAUUCGGUAUAUCAAUUGAGCUUUAUAAUUUUGCAAAAAAAAAUUUUAAAAAGCGCUUCAAAAUUAAGAAAAUCCAUCUAGUAGCUGCUAUAAUGGAUCCCUGUCAGCGAAACUGGCCACUUUUACAUAAUUGGUUGAAAAAAGUUCCAGCAACGAAUAGCCUGGAAUUAAAUGAUGUUUUAGACUGUAAUUUUGAUCAACCAAUUACAAAAGAAAAACUUAUUUACAAUGAACUUUUAAAAUUAAUAAAUAGUUCACAAGAAAGUUUACAUAUCAGAAAUGAACCGGGACCUUCUAAAAAAAAAGUGGUAAGUUACUUUAAUUUCUUAAUAUUUCGGAAGCCUUUUUAUAAUUUAAUUUAAUUUAAUUUCAAGAAACUUUCAAACACAAGAAAAGAAAUGCUUGAGUUUUUGGCCACAUCAAACCAGGAAGACCCACCAAAUUCAGACCUUCAAAAGGAAAUAAAAUCGUACUUCGAUGUCCCAAACGAAGACGCAGAAUGCUUGGAAUGGUGGCAGAAAAACGAAGAGAUGUUUCCAAAUAUCGCAUUAUUAGCGAACUUUUGUUUUGGAAUACCUGCAACUUCCGCCUCUUCAGAAGAGGCAUUUUCAGUUGCUGGUGCCUGCAUUACGGCAAAAAGAAGUAGAUUAAAUCCUUCUACCGUAAAACGGCAAUUAUUUGUACAUGACAACUACCACUUAGUGGAUCCCAUUUUAAAUUCUAAGUAAUCUUUUCAGUAUAUUAAUUUCGAUCUCAUUAAUAACUAGUUUAUUUUUAAGUGAAUUGAAUUUGUUUUUUUUUUUAGAAAAUAUAAAAUUAUAGCUUAAAUGUCGUGUGACAAUUUUUUGUAAACAAAAACGUUAUUUUUUAUUAUAAGAAUUCGGCGCAGCCGAAUAUUUUCUUAAGCCGGUAGAAAACUCGGCUUCAAGCCGGAUAGCCGCCGCCGCCGAAAAAAAUUGGUUUUCAGCCGCCGCCGAAAUAUUGUAGUCGGCUUGCUUCUCUGAUACUGAUGCUGAUGUAUUGUUAUAAAAUUUCACAAUAUUAUUAAAAUAAUGUUGAAUUUUUAUUAAAUUAGUUGGUAGAAAUACAAAAGUACAAAUUUUUUAAAUUUAUUGUUUACAAAAGGGCUUAAUAAAAGUCAAUGGGUCAAAAGAUGAAAAAUUUAUGAAAAAUCUGUUCUCAUGCUUUAAUUAAGUUACAUGAGAAAUUUGAAAUAUUUUUGUUUCAUAAUUGAAGAUUUACAUUUUAUAAAUGUCUUAAAGUCUUGAUUUUGAACUAAAAUAAAUAGGCUAGAGAAAAUAAAUCAUAUAUAAAAAAUUAUUCCAAACGUAUCUCCUAUUGCGCUUCUCAUAUAUACUAUUAGUCAUACUUAUUUCAAAUUUAAUUUUCAACUUCAA